AUGACCUGCGAAAUAUAUUUUGACAACCAUCUUCUUUUGGAAUCUGAAUUGUUAAAUGCAUCCGAUUUACGUUGCAAAAUUUCACAAAGCUUCGGUGUUCCAGUGGAAGAUUUAUUCGUUACUGUUAAUGGAAGACGUCUUUCUAAUGAACUCAUUUUGCUAAAAGAAAAUAAUGUUGUUAGAGUUCAUACGAGACUUGUUGGUGGUAAAGGUGGAUUUGGAUCUAUGCUCCGUGCAAUAGGAGCACAAAUCGAAAAAACCACUAACCGUGAAGCAUGCCGUGACCUGUCUGGACGACGAUUGCGAGACAUUAAUGAAGAGAAGCGUCUCAGAAAGUGGUUAGAGGGACAGGAUGAUCGUGAAAGGGAAGUUGCGGAACGAAAACAAAAGAAACUGGAAAGGUUACUGGCUGAACCAAAAAUCGAGGUCAAUCUUAAUCCAGAUUACGAGAAAGUUCGUCAGGAGUUGCCUGAGCGUGUUAGUGCAGCAGUUGACGCUGGUUGGGAAGCUGCAGGUACAUCUAAAGAACAUGGAACUAAACGGAAAGCAGAGGAAAAUAAAUCAAAAGGAAAGAAGAAGGUUAAGUUGUGGAUAGACGCAGAAUUGUCAGACUGUUCAUCAUUAAGUGAUGAUGAUGAGGAAGAAACCAAAAUGAGCCCUGGACAAUCUGCUUCCACAGACAGUGGUAAUGAGUCAGAUAAGGCAUCAGAAGCCAGUAGCAAAGUCUAG